AUGGCAGGACUCGAGUCCGAGUCUUGUGCUCCCAACGACCAGGCUGCUAUUUCGUCCCACGUCAACGCAGCAGAAGCGACAUGCAAGCCAAGCGGGGCUUCUUCGGACUUCCAGUUUCAUUUGGGUCUCGUGGGCAGCGGCAUGGGAAGGAAAAGGGGAAGGGGAAGGGGAAGUGUGAGGCGACUAAACGAACGCACUGGCUGCUGGGGCAGGGAAACGCGGGGUGGAUUGCAGCUCGCCCUCGGGACGCUCCACCUAUUCAUACUCUUCAUACACAUCCUCCUCGUUCACGUUUCACUCCUCCUUCUCCCCCCUCUUCUUCUGCUGCUACUACUUUUAUCUACUUAUACUACUACUAACACUAGCACUCUUUUACUUCCUUCUUCUCCUUAUACUACUACUACUACUACUACUACUACUACUACUACUACUACUACUACUACUACUACUACUACUACUACUACUGAUAAAAAUUAUGCCUCCUCCUCCCCUUCCUUUUCCUUCUACUACUGCUACUACUACUCUUUCCCUUGCUCCUUCUUCUUCUCCUGCUCCUCUUAUUCUCUUCAAAUUUAA